GUUUGUCGGCCCCAAAGAGGGAGGAGGUGCGAUUGAAACCAAGACCCAGGCCUUGCCGGAGCUGACUAGACCUGACUCGGGCCUAGAACUAGACACCAGUCUCGCGCGGACCGAAAAUCCCAGAGUGGAUGGAGGAGGCCCAGCCCUGAGAUCAACGCCAGCCCAUCCGGCCUGGCGCGGGAUCUACGGGGUGGGCAAGCAGGCAGGCGUGCCGAAGCCACUCAGGGCCUUCUCUCAGGUCCCGGGCGAGGAGCCUAAGCUCCGGCCCCACAAGGCCCUGUUCGGCCCCUGGGGACCAGAGCCCGACCCGAUCGGAGGCGGAGCCUUCAGCAGGGCUAUAGGCCAGUGACUAGGCCGGGACUGGGCCUCCCGUCGGGGCCGGACUGGGACGAGGCCCCGGGGAGGCCCCUAGCCCCAGCAGACCCUUCCCUCAGGCCGACGCCCGCCGGGAAGAUGCAACGCGCCCUACCGGGCGCCCGCCAGCACUUGGGGGCCAUCCUGGCCAGCGCCAGCGUGGUGGUGAAGGCGCUGUGCGCGGCGGUACUAUUACUCUACCUACUCUCUUUCGCCGUGGACACGGGCUGCCUGGCAGUCACCCCAGGCUACCUCUUUCCCCCCAACUUCUGGAUCUGGACCCUGGCUACCCAUGGGCUGAUGGAGCAGCACUUGUGGGACGUGGCCAUCAGCCUGGCCACGGUGGUGGUGGCCGGCCGUUUGCUGGAGCCCCUCUGGGGUGCCUUGGAGCUGCUCAUCUUCUUCUCAGUUGUAAAUGUGUCUGUGGGGCUGCUGGGGGCCUUCGCCUACCUCCUCACCUACAUGGCUUCCUUCAACUUGGUCUACCUGUUCACUGUCCGUAUCCACGGCAACUUGGGCUUCCUAGGUGGUGUCCUGGUCGCACUCAAGCAAACCAUGGGGGACUGUGUGGUCCUGCGAGUGCCCCAGGUGCGCGUCAGCGUAGUGCCCAUGCUGCUACUGGCGCUGCUGCUCCUGCUGCGGGUGGCCACACUGCUCCAGAGCCCGGCACUGGCUUCCUAUGGCUUCGGGCUGCUCUCCAGUUGGGUGUACCUGCGGUUCUACCAGCGUCAUAGCCGGGGCCGAGGGGACAUGGCUGACCACUUUGCUUUUGCAACCUUCUUCCCUGAGAUCCUGCAGCCUGUGGUGGGGCUGUUGGCGAACUUGGUGCAUGGUCUCUUGGUGAAGGUAAAGAUAUGCCAGAAGACAGUGAAGCGCUAUGAUGUGGGUGCCCCAUCCUCCAUCACCAUCAGCCUCCCAGGCACAGACCCUCAAGACGCUGAGCGGAGAAGGCAACUGGCCCUGAAGGCCCUCAAUGAGCGGCUGAAGAGAGUGGAGGACCAGUCCGUCUGGCCCAGCAUGGAUGAUGAUGAAGAGGAGACUGGGGCCAAGGUGGACAGAACCUUGCCCUCAGACAAAGCUCCCAUGCCCCCAGAGAAGGGUGCUGCCCCAGAAUCCAGUCUCAUCACCUUCGAGGCAGUUCCCCCAAAGCUGUAACUCCAGACCACCUUGAGUGUAGCACCUUCUUUCCCAAGCCCCCCUUCACAUCCUCUCAGCUACUCCAGGACACUGACUGCCCUGAAGAGAGGGAAGAAGGUCUGCUGGAGGUUUCUACGGCCUUCUGUUAUUUCUCGCCAACACUACCCAGGACUCUUGCUACCUGGUUCCAACUCCAGACAACCACUAUGCUAGGCAUGCAGCCUGAGGCAUCAGCCAGUCCAGGCCCCCAUCUGAGGUAAGACUGUAUCUCAGCAGGCAGUCCCAAGCAAGUGGCUUGCAGGGACACCGGUGCCAUAGCUCCUGGCCUGGCCCUCACAUAUGAAACUGGUUGCCAAGACCCCUGAGCCAAGGCAAGAAUUUGCCAAAAAUGUCCUGGGGGCCCAGCCAGUGCAGGAGCCAGCGUGGGGCUGCACAUCCCUGCCCACCCCCAGAAAGACUAUGUUCAUGUCAGGAUUUGUUUCCCUCUGCUGUGGCUGUGACUGCUUCUGGGCCAGAAUAGCCACAGCUCCCAGGUAUUUUCUACAGGACCACUUGAGUGGGCAGCCAAGCCCAGUCUCACAGUAUCAAUAAAGCAGUUCUUUGAGGUAUGA